AUGCUGCCAUUCAAGGUACUCACCUGGAACUGUCGAGGACUGGUUAACACAGAAACGCAGAGUGCCUUGGUCUCUCUGGUAAGUCAUGUCAACCCUAGUCUGGUUUUUGUCUCAGAAACUCUUGCCGGACCAAGGCUGAUGGAGGACCUGCGAGUUGAAAUGGGCUUCUCUGGUUGCAUUUGCUUCCCCAAAAAGGAUGGUUCAAGAGGUUUGGCUUUAUUCUGGUCUUUGGAAUUGAAGGUGAGCCUUCGUACCUAUUCUGCACAUCAUAUUGAUGUUGAGAUAGGGUUUCCUGGUGUUACUGGAGGUUGGCGAUUCACAGGCAUUUAUGGUUUUUCAAGGCAUGGUGAUAGGGUUCAAACUUGGGACUUGCUUCGUACUCUGGCAGCACAAGUGAAUCUGCCAUGGUUAAUAGCCGGCGAUUUCAAUGAGAUUUUGUGUGCAGCUGACAAAUCCGGUGGUCCACCACGGAACGCUGCGAUGAUGACGCGGUUCAGGGAAGCCUUGGCCGAUUGUAAUCAGGAGGACAUGGGGUUUGUGGGUUCUCGUUUUACUUGGUUUAAUCGGUUCACUAAGGAAAGGUUGGAUCGUGGUUGUUGCACGCAAGAUUGGUGUGCUAUUUACCCAUACUCUAAGGUUAUCACACUACCUCCUAAUCGGUCAGAUCACAAUCCCAUUGUGGUGGAGAUAGCUGCUGCACCGGUUGUCAGAGUGCCAAGACUCAAGCGCUUUCGGUUUGAGAACAUGUGGAUGCAGCAUGGCGAUUGCGCUGCUGUUAUUCAGAAGGGAUGGUCCAUUCCCUCUAUUGGUGAACCUAUGAAGCAAGUUGGGUUGAAAAUUGGUUCAACGGGCAGGUUGUUAAUGGAAUGGGAUGCAGGAACAUUUCGACAGCGGAAAACAGAAAUGCAUCUCUUGCAAUCCAAGAUGGAUAUGUUGAUGAAACUCCCUUAUGAUCCUAUUCAUUUUGAGCAGCAAAAAACUCUUCAAUUUAGAUAUAAUGAACUUCUAUCUUUGGAUGAAGCUUAUUGGCGUCAGAGAUCAAGGGUUUUAUGGUUGAAAGAAGGUGAUCGUAAUUCAGCCUUUUUUCACAGGAAAGCGUCUAACAGACGCAGUCGUAAUAAGGUGGUAGGUAUCACUGAUUUGGGAGGACAAUGGCACACUGACCCUGCACAAGUGGCUUCAGUGUUUGUUGAUUACUAUGAAAAUAUUUUUCACUCUGAGGGUUCUGAUCCUGCAGCUCUUGCAGCAGUUCUUGCACAUAUUCAUCCUUGUAUUGAUAAUGAUAUGAAUUCUUCUCUAUUAGCUCCAUAUUCAGACGAGGAAAUCAAGAAGGCUUUAUUCCAGAUGCAUCCGUCAAAAUCACCUAGACCUGACGGUCUUCUGGAUUCUGAGAGCAAUUUUACUCAUUUGUCUCUUAUUCCUAAAAUUAAAGAGCCUAAAACUGCAGCUGAUUUCAGGCCUAUAGCCCUUUGCAAUGUGGUGUAUAAAAUUGCUUCUAAGGUGCUUGCUAACAGGUUGAAAGUAUUAUUGCCUUCUAUUAUCUCUCCUGGCCGUUUGAUAUCGGAUAACACUCUUGUUGCAUCUGAAGUUGCUCAUUUUAUGCAUAAGCUCCGACAUCAGAAUGAGGGUUUCUUCUCCUUUAAGUUAGAUAUAAGUUAUAUUACUCCCUCCAGAGGCAUCAGGCAGGGGGACCCUCUUUCUCCAUACUUAUUCAUUCUGUGUGUUGAAGGUCUCUCGUCCCUUAUUUCUCAUGCAGUAUCCCAGGGUACACUGAAGGGGCUGAAGAUGAGUCCUCAAGCCCCAACUAUUCAUCAUUUGCUAUUUGCCGAUGAUAGCUUUCUAUUUGGAGAAGCCUCUGUGGUGGAAUGCUCUACAUUCAAGUCUAUUUUGAAUGUGUAUGAGCGUGCUUCUGGCCAAAGGAUUAAUUUAGAGAAGAGCAGUGUUGUCUUUAGCAGGAAUGUGCAUCCAGAUACUAAAAAUAGUUUAGCUUCUAUUUUUGGGGAAAGAUUAACUAAGAAGCUGAUCAGCUGGCGCACAAAAAUCCUGAGUUCUGCGGGGAAGGAGAUUCUGAUUAAGGCAUUGGCUCAAGUUAUUCCAACGUAUGUUAUGAGUUGUUAUAUGCUUCCUAAAGGUCUUUGUGAUGAUCUCCACCACCUUUGUGCUCAAUUUUUUUGGGGAGGAUCAGAUUCUAAUCGCAAAAUUCAUUGGCGGUCAUGGGAUAGGAUGUGCCUGUCUAAAAGUGAAGGAGGUUUAGGUUUCAAGAAUCUGCAUGCUCAUAAUUUAUCUCUGCUUGCAAAACAGGGAUGGAGAUUAAUCACUAAUCCUAAUUCCUUGUUGUCUCAUUUACUCAAGGCUAGGUAUUUUCCGAAUGGUUCUUUUUUGGAUACAGAUAUGGGGGAUUUCCCCUCGUAUGCAUGGAGAAGCAUUAUGGAAGCUAGAACUGUCCUUCAGGCUGGAUUACUUUGGCAGGUUGGUAAUGGCUCCUCUAUUCAUGUGUGGAGUGAUCAGUGGAUUCCAACUGUUUCUCCUCAUCAACUCUGUAAACCGGCUGCUUGUAAUAUUGAGCUAGUCUCUUCCUUGAUUGAUGCAGAUACCAAAAGUUGGAGGGUUGAUGUUUUGCAACGUCUAUUCUCUCAAGAAGUUGUUGAUGCUAUCUUGUGUGUUCCUCUUAGUCAUAGAAAUAGAAGCGAUCGUUUGAGCUGGAAGCUUGGGAAUAAGGGUAAGUUUUCUUCUAAAACUGCCUACUAUGUAGCUCAGGAGGUGGUGAUGGGGGAUGUCUUUGCUUCCUCCUCUAUUGGUGAUCCUUUUCGUAUUCUCUGGAAGUCACUUUGGAAAGCUAAGAUCCCUGGGAAGGUCUCUAUAUGUAUCUGGCGAGCUUGUCACAAUGUGUUACCAACUAGAGAGAGUUUGAGUAAGAAGGGUUACACUGGUGAUAUGGGAUGCCUGCUUUGCCGUCACCAGGUUGAGAGUGUUGGCCAUGUAUUAUGUGGGUGCCCUAUUGCGCAGGAAAUCCUUACUGCUCCUCCUUUUUCAAUUCAGGUUCCUAUUACUCAUUCUUUUAUUUUUAAGGAAUGGUUACUUGAUCAAUCAUCUACUCUUUCUUAUGAAAAUUUUUCUAAGCUGUUGAUGCUUUUAUGGGUUCUUUGGAAGAAUAGGAAUGAUAAAUUGUGGAAUGAUAAUGCUAAAAACGCUUCUACUAUUGUUGCUUGUACUGUGGCUUGGUAUGAAGAGUUCCUUCAAGCUAAUAGGGAUACGAUUAUGGUAAUCGAUAAGAGGACGAAAGCUAGAGCACAUUGGUCCCCUCCCAUGAGUGGCUUAUUGUGCAUGAAUGUUGAUGGUGCUUAUGUCUCUUCUCUACAACAUGGAGGCAUUGGCGGUGUUAUGCGUAAUGAGAAGGGUGAGUUCAUUGCAGGCUUUGCUUAUAGAGUGACUAAUGUGUCCUCUGCCUACCAUGCUGAGUUGCUUGCUAUUAAAUCUGGGCUGGAGCUUAUUCAAGCGCUGGGUGUGUCUAAUGUUGCUAUAAUGAGUGAUUGCUCAGCGGCAGUGAAGUCUGUGACUGCAGAGGAUCAUGACUUCUCUACUUUGGGAAUCAUUGUUGAAGAAAUUCAGGAAUUGCUAGGUGAUUUGCUUUCUAUAGGUGUUCAUCAUACUUAUAGGACCGCUAAUCAUGUUGCUCAUAGACUAGCAGGAUUUGGUUUUGAUUCUGACAUUCAUAUGGAAUGGUUUUCUCAAGCUCCAGAGUGUGUCCUGGAUGCCCUACAAAUACUUCAUUAG